AAAAAAAAAAAAAGGGGGGGGUUGGAGAGAGAGAGAGAGAGCAAGAGAGCAAGAGAGAGAGAGGUAGAAUAGAGCAAGGGCGAGGGAGUAAGAGCCACACAGAGCGAGAGGGAAAGAGAGAGAGAGAGAGAGAGAGAGGAGCGGAGUUAAUGGAGAGGGCUACAACUGCGCACAAACAGAGAUUUGAUCAGUGAGUUUAACUUGCUGGUGCCGGUCAGUGUGCAGUGAAGCCAUUCACUGCAAACAAGCCCUGCGCCCCGCACCGAGCCUCCACUAACUUGUUGAGCUGGGGCUGAAAACACUGACGUUUUUCUGAGAGGAAGAAGUUCAGGAACUCUGCGUGAGGCUGGAUUCCAUUUUGGACGUUAUUUAUAUGACAACACCUUUGUUGCAUUUGUAAUGUGGGGUGAUCAGAAGCAAGCGCGGAACCUGUGGAUUUAACCCCCCAAAAAGAAACACGGAUUUGGGACUGAUUAUUUCUUAUCUUGUGACUUGUACCGCGUUGCUUCGGCGUGCAUGAACAUUUGCUGAAGAAGAAGAAGAAGAAGAAGAAAAAAAUUAAAAAUUAAAACACAGAGCGGAAAGCGAUGGAAGUAAGUGCGGAUCAGCCACGAUGGAUGAGCCAUCAUCCCGCGGUGUUGAACGAGCAGCAUCCCGGCUCACAUCACCCGGGCCUCAGCCACUCAUACAUGGACCCUUCGCAGUAUCCCCUCGCUGACGAUGUGGAUGUACUCUUUAAUAUCGAUGGACAGGGGAACCACGUCUCUCCAUACUAUGGAAACUCUGUCCGAGCCGUCCAGAGGUACCCUCCUCCUCCACACAGUAGCCAGGUGUGCCGUCCCUCAUUACUGCACGGCUCUCUGCCCUGGCUGGAGGGGAGCAAAGGCAUCGCCCCGCACCACAGCACUUCUCCCUGGAACCUGAGCCCCUUCCCUAAGAACCCCCUGCACCACGGCUCCCCGGCAAGCCUGUCCGUCUACCCCCCGGCCUCCUCCUCCUCCCUGUCCACCGGUCACUCCAGUCCGCACCUCUUCACGUUUCCCCCGACCCCUCCGAAAGACGUAUCCCCGGACCCAGGCAUAUCCACCCCGGGCUCCAGCAGCUCCGGGCGGCAGGAGGAUAAAGAGUGCAUAAAGUACCAGGUGACCCUGGCCGAGAGUAUGAAACUGGAGUCAGCUCACAGCAGGAGCGUGGCAUCAAUCGGAGCAGGGUCAUCCUCUGCCCACCACCCCAUCGCCACAUACCCACCCUAUGUCCCUGAAUACGGCCCAGGCCUCUUCCCACCAAGUAGCCUGAUAGGUGGGUCAUCUUCUAGUUAUGGUUCCAAAACAAGACCAAAAACAAGGUCCUGUUCAGAAGGUAGAGAGUGUGUGAACUGCGGGGCCACGUCGACUCCGCUGUGGAGGCGGGACGGUACGGGUCACUAUCUGUGUAACGCCUGCGGACUCUAUCACAAGAUGAACGGGCAGAAUCGCCCUCUCAUCAAACCCAAGCGGCGGCUGUCCGCAGCCAGGCGGGCAGGGACGUCAUGUGCGAACUGUCAGACGACAACGACGACGCUGUGGCGGAGAAACGCCAACGGGGACCCGGUGUGUAACGCCUGCGGCCUCUACUUUAAACUGCACAAUAUCAACCGACCUCUGACCAUGAAGAAGGAAGGCAUCCAGACCAGGAACAGGAAGAUGUCCAGCAAGUCCAAGAAGAGCAAAAAGUCCCAAGACAACAUGGAAGACUUCUCCAAGAGCCUGAUGGACAAGAGCAGCUCCUUCAGCCCGGCUGCCCUGUCCCGCCACAUGUCGUCCUUCCCUCCCUUCUCGCACUCCAGCCACAUGCUGACCACCCCGACACCCAUGCACCCUUCCUCGAGCCUCCCCUUCGCCCCCCACCACCCUUCCAGUAUGGUCACAGCCAUGGGUUAGACGUCCCCGUGCUGCAGCGCCCCUGAACCCUCGGCCUCGCCACCACCACCGCCACCCACCACCACCACCACCACCAUCAUCACCGCCACCACCGCCCCUCGGUACCUCUGCUGACCUGCUUCCAUAUCCUAAAAGACAAACAGACUGCUCCUCGGCCCGACCUACGCUCCCCCCGUCUCACCACCGAGCGAGCCGCGGUGCGAGAGCGACAGGCUUUCGGCUCCUUUGCCCUCAGUUGUAUCUUAUUUUUAUAAAAAUCAAAGCGUACCUCUGCGAUGUGAAUGCUUUGCAGACUUGACCUGACUGUGGCGCACUGACCUCCAGGGGGGAAAAAAAAGAGUUUGGUUUUUUUUUUUCCUCCGACCCGGGAGAGAAAGAACAUUUUCUCCCCCAAAAGCCGCCGCCACGACCACAUCGAGGCUGUCCUCCCAGCUCAUCACAUGACCCGGAGCUCCAUUUGUGUACAAAAAGCCAUUUUUCCACACACAGACAUUCACAAAAACAGACUUUACCAGAACUUUUUCGACGCCCUCUCCCUUAAAACUUCCAAACCCGCCUCUCUUCACCCUGCACCUGUGUAACAGGAAGACCCCCCCACCCCCCACCCCCUCCCCACCGACCCCACCCCUUUGCUCCCCUUCCUCUUCUUCAUCUUCUGCCGAAGAUGAGGAGAGACAGACGUUGAAUAUAUUUGUACAAAUUGUAUGAAAUACAGUACAUUUAAUGAAGACUUUUUAAUUAAGUAAGAAAAAAAAAAAGGAAAUAUGCCCUUGGGCAGCUAAUGACGAGAAGGGUACGAGUCACAGCAGGUGGAGAGACUUGCCGCCGGAGGAGAAAGGAGAGGACGCCUCCGAGGCCCGGAGGAAAGAGAGGAAAAAAAAAAAGGGGGGGGGAGGAGGUGGGAAGACGAGCGGGAGAGACUUUUGAGAAAGGGCAGGCCUCGGUUUUUUUUUGCCUGCGUGAAUUGUGUUGCAUUAAGUUUGCAGAGAGGCAGCGGCUCUGGCUGCAGGCGUCUCUCUUCUUCUUUUAUUUUAUUUUAUUUUUUUUGUUUUUUGUUUUUUAUUUUUUAUUUUUUUUUUAUUUGGAUGUGCUAUAGGUCUCGGGCAAUUGGUUUGUGUUGACGCGUGCACAUACACACACACACACACACACACACACACACACAGAUACACACAGACACAGACACACACACACACACACGCACACACACAUUUGAUCACCUGAAAGACUUUCUUCCUGCCCACAGAUUAUAUGCAUUGUGAAAAAAGUUCCUGUAUUUGUUAUUUGUAUGUAUAAAUCAGAGUACCAAAAAUACGAAAGAAACAAAGAUGUAGAAUUAUUUCCUUAUGUUAUGCAGACUGAAUGGUUGUAAAAAUUUAAUAAUAAUCACUAGUGUAAAAUAUGACUGCUUUUUUGUUUCGUAAUUUUUUUUUUUCCUCUUUGAAAAUAAUAAACUAGUUUAAUCUCUGUUAACAUGUUA